GCUUUCUCCGAUGCAAUUGUCUUCAUCACAUCCAACAUCGCUGUCUAUGUUAUGUACUAUGUCUUUCUUCUCCCUUGCGGUCCUCCUCCUUAUAUAUUCACUUUUCUUAUAGUCCCCAUAUCUAACACUAGCUCUAUUUCUUUCUUUCUUUCUUCUUCUAUCUUCCCCAGCCCUAUUUUUGUUCUCAGAGAAGCUUCUCUCUCUCUCUAGUAAACCAUAACCAUUUUUCGACACAGACAGAUACACCCAUAUUAUAAAGAUAUGUCUAGCAGAAGGUCGAGGCAGUCAGCAGGAGCUUCAAGGAUCAGUGAUGAUCAGAUCAUUAAUCUUGUGUCCAAGUUACAGCAACUUCUUCCCGAGAUUCGCAAUAGGCGUUCUGACAAAGUAUCUGCUUCGAAGGUGUUACAGGAGACAUGCAACUAUAUUAGGAAUUUGCAUAGAGAAGUGGAUGAUCUCAGCGACAGACUCUCCCAGCUGUUGGCAACCCUUGAUGCUGAUAGUGCUGAGGCAUCCAUAAUUAGGAGUUUGAUCAUGUAAUCAAUUUUUAUUUAUAUAUAAAGUGUUGUACUCAUAUAUAUAUAUAUAUAAUAGCUACUUCUCGUUUUUAGGGUUUGGUAAAACCUAUUAUGCCAAUCAUGAGUCCGAAUUUACAUAUAUGUAUGUAUGUUCCUUGUGAACACAUGUUGUAGUAAAGUUUGUAUCAAUAAGGGCUUUUACUUGGCAAACCUCCUAUA